CGCCGCAGCGCCACGAGCAGGGAGAGGAGACGGAGGAGUCAGCCAUCGUCACACACUGACUCUCCGCGCUGAAGAAUGUCCACUGACGCCAAACCCAGGAAGGUCGAGGAGCUGCGCGUGGUGGACCUGAGAGCCGAGCUAGAGAAGCGCGGGCUGGACAAGGCGGGCAUCAAGGCAGUGCUGAUAGAGCGCCUCAAGAAGGCCCUGGAGGAUGACGGACACAACGCUGAUGAGUACGAGUUUGAGGCCAGCCUUGUAGGAAGUGCAGGAGGCACCCCCAAGCAGAGCCGCAAAUCAAUGGAACGUGAUGCUGAGGAGGACUUGGCGGACCACGUGAACGGGGACUCUGGGAUGAAGGAGGAGGAUGAGGAGGAGGACCAGGAGGAGGCACAGGAGCAGGAAGAAGCACAGGCAACAAAGGAGAAUGAGGAGAGUGCUGAGGGGAGCGAGGAAGGAAAGAGCCAGUCAGAAGCCAAGGCCAACGGGACCAAGGUGAAGGAGGUCAAGAAGGACUGGAACGCAGGGAAGGAGGAAGCAGAGCAAGCGGAGGCCAGCGAGGAGGAGGUCGGGGGGGAUGAGGAGGACACACGCAACAUGGAGGACGACUCCAUCAACCUUAUGCUGGAGGACGAGGAGAAGAUGCUCGAGGACGAACUCACAUUCAACGAACCCGACCGUCACGAGCAGGAGGACCCGUCUCAGCGUGGUAAAGAACGCUCACGCGCCAAGGAGGGCAGCCCGUCCACGCACGCCGGCGCAGACUCCACCUCCUCGGGGAAGAAGGACAAGGACCUGGACAGCGAAUCACAGGAUAAGAAAGAGUGCAAUAAGCCCAAGAGCUCGGGUGACGAGAAAGGCAAGGACGACAAGCCCAAGGAUGACAGAGACCACAAGACAAAGGGUAGCAGCAGCAGCAGCACCAGCAGCAGCGGCAGCGGCAGAAACCUGUGGGUCAGUGGCUUGGCGUCCUCCACCCGGGCUCAGGACCUCAAGUCUGUCUUCUCAAAGUACGGCAAGGUGACCAGUGCCAAGAUAGUGACCAACGCCAAGACGCCUGGUGCCAAGUGCUACGGCUUUGUCACCAUGAUGAGCAGCGAGGACGCCACAAAGUGCAUCUCGCAGCUCAACCACACCGAGCUGCACGGACGCAUGAUCCAGGUGGAGAAGGCCAAGGGUGAGCCCGGAGGCCCCAGCAGGAACAAAGCGUCCUCCACCCGCAAGCCCUCGGACUCCAAGAAGGACUCCAGCAGCGACAAGAAGAAGGAGGGCGAGAAGAGCGACGGGGACAAGAAGGACACCAGCUCGGACAAGAAGGAGGGGCAGGACGAGAAGGCCGGGAAGGAGGGUGAGAAGAAGGACGAACGCCGCUCCCACUCCAGGGACGCGAGCCGCAGCAGCAAGGAGCACGACCGGCGUGUGGCCCGCCCCAGCCGCUCCUUUGAGAGGCGGCCGGAGCACCGCGGCGACAACUACAAGAUGGGCCACCAGCGCACAGGGAGACACGAGGUGCUUAACUUUAAGCAGAUUAUGGAGGAACGGGAGCGGCAGCGGCUUCGUGCGCGGGAGAGGAUCAUGCGGGAGGAGGAGCGCCGCCGCCGGGAGGACGAGGUCAGGCAGCGGAACAUUGAACGGCGGCAGAGGGAGGAGGCGGAGAGGCUGCUGAGGGAGAGAGAAAAAUUACGCAUGGAGCGAGAGAGAAUAGAGCGACAGAAACACGAACUACUGCGCCUGGAACGAGAACACCAGCGGAUGGAGAGAGAGAAGCUGGAGAGGGAGAGAGAGGAGCUUCGCCGCCAACAGAUGAGGAAGGACGAGCUUGCUGGAAAGGGAGGAACUGUAAAUGGAUUCUUAUUUGCAAGACCAGGAGAGAAGAUUAUAAGGAAGGACGAGCUUGCUGGAAAGGGAGGAACUGUAAAUGGAUUCUUAUUUGCAAGACCAGGAGAGAAGAUUAUAAGUAGUAACCAACGUAGGUACGAGGAGACACGCCGGAGCAUCAAGCGCCCCGCCGAGGACAGGGAGCGGAGGGAGUUCUUCGACGACCGCAAACGUCCGGCGCCAGACAACCGCUCUCGCUUUGAGUCCUCCUCGGCCCCACAGCGCAGCAGGAAUUACGACCGCAGCGAGCCAGCCAGAUUCGAGCACAACCACGGGAACCACAGCAACCACGGUACACACGGCAGCCACAGCAGCGGCGGUGGGCGGGAGGACAUGCGCCCCCCGGGAGGUGUGGGGGGAGGCAGCCGUUACGAGGACCGCCGGGAGAUAAGGGAGCGGGAGGACAGGCGGCCGGUGGAUCGCUCGGGGCCCAGGGACGACAGGGAUCACCGGGGACCCAUGCCGUCACAGGCCUCACGGGACAGACCCAGAGAGAGGUACAGCGGCAGUGGUCUGGGCAGCAGCGGCGGUGACUCCUGGAGGACCGGCGGGGGAGUGAGUGACAGCAAGGGGAACUUUGGGAGCAGUUCGGCCAUGAUCGGGGGAAGCUUGGGCGCGUCGGGUCUGUCCGCCCGCGGGGGUGACUCCCAGGGCUGGAGGUCGUCGAGCGGUGGGGACAGGUGGGCCAGCAGCAGCAGCAACCUUGGCCUGAGUGUGUCAGACGUCCUGCGCGGCAACCUGAGCCACCCGCCGCAGCCCAGCAUGAGCUCCAUGUCCAUGCCCAUGAUGUCCCAGAAUGACAGGUUCUCCAUGUCGAGUUUCCGUAAAUAUUAGGCGGCGGCGGCUUGUGUCAUAACCCAGCAGCCAUCGAGUGCUGGACACGAGUCAAACAAUGAGAGGACAGCGAGCAUUGUACUGUACAAGUGUUAGGCAUCUUAACACACAGAUUUGUUUGCUCACGGCCGUGUUGUAGAAAGUUUUUAAGUUAGGCGAGUCUUGUGUGUGCGCACGCUGCUGCACCUCGCCCUCGGAGGCUGAUCUGAGCAGUGCAGCGGUGCGAGACGUGGACGCAUCGUCUCAAGGAAGGAGUGCGUCACAGCUUACUCAGAGCAGAUGUUACACAGAAGGUUGAGUCAAGUCUCUGUAGAUUGCAAAUCAGAUUUUCUUGUAUUUUUAUUUGUGUCCACUGUUAAGUUUGUACUGUGCUACCUUUGGUUGAGUGGCCGGGUGGCGCUGCAGGGAGCGGUGGCGGUGGUGCUGCUGCACCGCGCUCAAGGAUUGAGGAGAAUGGAAUGGACAGUUUGCCACCAUUUGAGGUACAUAUAUUUUUUCAUGGAGCAUUCCCAUAUUGUGUGUACCUGAAUAAAUAGUUGAUGUAGCA